AGGGCCCAAAUGGACCAUAAGGGACAAUAAUGUGUACUACCUUCAGGGGCAUUAUACUCUUAUGUUUCACAUCUGGCCCACGGGUGUGUUCUCUCAGCGUGCGACUUUUCAGGCAUUAGUAUGUGGCAGAGGUUGUUUUAGGGUGCAUAAAAGAAAAAAAAAAGCCACUAGCUCUGGAAGAAAAAAAAAAUGUCUCAAAAGCAGAUGAAGGAAGCUUUUGUCAGUAACCUCAAUGGAACCAGCGUGCUGGAAAUAACCCAGGGCUUGUGCUUUCCUGCAUUCUGUAUCCUGUGCAGAGGCCUUUUGAUCAUUUUCUCACAGCACUUGUGUUCUUUCUCACACAACUGGAGCACAUGGUUCCUAAUGGACUUUGUUGUCCUCAUAGUCCCCCUGGUGAUCACUUUGACUAUAUUGUCUUCGUUUAUCCUCCUUGAGAAUCUCAUGGUAACUGUCUGUGUGGCAUGGCUGUUGUAUCAGAUAUACCAGAGGAGGACUUGCUAUGCCAAAGUGCCUGCCCAGAAAGUCUUUGCAAACUUCUUGAAAAUCAGCCUAGAAUCAGAGUACAAUCCAGCCAUCACCGGUUACCGGGUCAUUAACAGUAUAUUUACUGCUAUUGCCAUUUUGGCUGUGGACUUCCCACUUUUCCCUAGAAGAUUUGCCAAAACUGAGCUUUAUGGGACAGGGGCCAUGGAUUAUGGAGUAGGUGGCUUUAUUUUUGGGGCUGCAAUGGUUUGUCCAGAGGUUAGAAGGAAAUGUAUAGUAGGGUCCAGAUUUAAUUAUCUUAGAAAAUCACUGUAUUCUGUUUGGCCUCUAGUCUUCUUAGGAAUGGGACGGUUAGUCGUUAUAAAAUCCAUAGGCUAUCAGGAACAUUUAACUGAGUAUGGAGUUCACUGGAACUUUUUCUUCACCAUCAUAGUUGUGAAAUUAGUAACAUCCCUUCUUUUGACUAUUUUUCCUUUAAAUAAGUCUUGGGUUGUGGCUGUCAGCAUUACUGUGUUAUACCAACUAGCUCUUGACUUUACUCCACUCAAGGGGGUAAUUUUGUACGGCACUGAUGGUAGUGGCACAAGGGUUGGUUUAUUAAAUGCCAACCGAGAAGGAAUAAUUUCCACUUUGGGGUACGUGACAAUACACAUGGCUGGUGUGCAAACAGGGUUGUAUGUGCUUAAGGUCAGAACACAUAUCAGAGACUGGAUAAAAGUUACUUGUUGUAUUCUCUUAGUGGCUGUCAGCUUCUUCAUUUCUCUUCAUAUAGUUCAAGUAAAUAUAGAAGCCGUAUCUCGAAGAAUGGCCAAUUUAGCCUUUUGUAUGUGGGUGGUUGCUUCUAGCCUGAUGCUUCUUAGCUGUCUGUUACUGAGUGAUAUAAUUUUGAGUUUUGCCAAAUUUCUAAUUAAAGGGGCUCUAGUACCAUGUUCUUGGAAACUUAUACAGUUGCCUGCUACAAACAAAAAACAUUCCGAAUCUCUAAUCUUGGAAACUGAAAAAGAAGAUCCCAGUCUUUGUUUAAUCACAGCCCUGAACAGAAACCAGCUGUUUUUUUUCUUACUGUCAAAUAUAACAACUGGUCUGAUUAACCUGACUGUAGAUACAUUACACAGUGGUGCCUCAUGGACCUUAGUUGUACUGUGUACUUAUAUGUUUACCAAUUGUUUAGUUAUAUAUGUACUUGACUUACAAGGUAAAACCAUAAAGCUUUGGUGAUGAGUGAGGAGGCUAUAUAUAUUUGAGCAGCAUUAUUUUAGUGGAGGAGAGUAAGGGUGAAGGAAAUGUGCUCUUAGCAAUCUAUCUUAAUCAUAUUUAAUUAUGGAGUUUCAACCCUCUAAGACAGAAAUUAAACUUUACUUUUUUUUUUCUGGAAGACUCUUGCCACUGUAUCUGGAUGUGUAAUACAUUUUGACAUUAUGUAAAACACAAGUCUCACAAGGCUUUAGACUCAGAGCAUGGGAGGCAGAGGCAGGCAGGUCUCUGUGGGUCUCUCAGUUCAAGACCAGACUGAUAUGCCUAUUGAGUUUCAGGACAGCCAGGGUUGUGUAGAGACCCCCUCAGGAGGCAAAAAAAAAAAAAAAGUCAAAUUAUUGUGACUUAUUGGAACUUAUAAAAUGCCAGUAUUUUAAAGAACUUGUUCACAGGAUUUCAUUUUGUCUGGAACUCACUGUGAUAUUUGUACCUCAGCCUCAGCACUGGGGUUUCAGGCAUGAGUCACCACACCCAACUUGUUGGUAGUUUUGACACUGGAAGAUGGAUGGUGGGAUUUUUUUACUUUCUAUAUGUCAUUAUGCCAUUGUAUUUGUGGUUGUCUAUAUGAAUAUAUAAUUGUAUGAUUAUAAUGUUUGUAUUACAUGAUGUUUACAUUAAGAUAUUUAUGAAUUGUCAUUUAAAAUUUUUUUAUGUGUGUGUAUUUUGCCUGCAUGUGUGUAUUUCAUAGGUGUACAAUGCCCAUAGAGAUCAGAAGAGGGGGUUAGAUACCUUUGGGCUGGAGAUUUUCAAUACAUCUUUUUUAAGUUUUCUUUUUAUUAGGUUUAUUCCUUCUUAUUUAUGUGUUUUCCCUGCAUGUGUGUAUGUGUAGCACAGGCAUACUUAGUGCCUGAAAGGAUUAGUACCUGGAAACAAGUCAUGGAUGGUUGUAAACGACCAUGUGGGCACUGGGAAUAGAACCUGGAUCCUCUACAGGAGUAAUUAAGUGCUCUUAAGCAUUUGAGCCAUUUCUCCUGCUCCUUCAAUACCUCUUUUGUACUUAACUUUUAUCUUUUAAUAAAGUCUAAUACUAAAAAGCAAGUGUUCAAAAUCAGAUACAUUUGAAGCCAGAAAAAAGGUAAAUUCAAUAAAUAAUGAUUGAAUUGGAUGAUAUAUAUAUAAUACUUAAAAGUUAUUUUCAGGUACCUGACACAUUUUAUUUUUUUUUCCUCAAAGACAUUUUGAUACAGGAUAUUACUGUGUAGUCCACACUAGCUUUGAACUCUGCCUGUAGCUCAAACUGGUCUGGAAUUUAUGAUCAUCCGGCCUCAGUUUCUCAAGUGCUAGGAUUGUGAGUGUGCAUCCUCAUUCAUUGUAGCCUACUCUGUGUUUAGUACACAGUAAUAAAGCACAACUAAGGUGUGGAUCCUGUGAUCAUAGCACUCAGGAGGCUGUGGCAGGAACUAGAGCUCAAGGCUAGCCUGGGUUACAUAGAUCCUGUCUCAAAAGAUAAAAACAAAUUUCUAAUAUCUUGGAGCUUUCAGUUUAGUGAAAGGAGAUACAUUAAACUAAUAUAAAUAUUGAGUCAUAGGAAAAAGAAAACACUAUGGAUUAAGUGUAAAACCAAGAACCAAUCCAGAAAGGAAACAAGUUUUCCCCAUAGACGGAUCUUUUUGAGGCAAUGCUAAUGUGUGAUACAAGUAUCUGGGGAUAGAAGGGUAGACAGCUGAGGGUAUUCAAUGUAUGAUGAAUCUGUCAGCAAAAUUUGUAAGUUGUGAGGGAACAAGGAGUGUGGGCUGUAAACUGGAGAAACAGGAAGGGACCAGAUAAGGCAGCUUCAGCUAUGGGAAAGAGAAUCAAGAACAUCACUGAGAAGUGAAAUCUUCAAGCACAUAGUCUAAUAAAAAUACGGUUACAUUAAAAUUUAACAGUCUGCUGAGAAGUGGAAUUAUUUACAGUUUUUAAGCAGAUCUUUGAAUCAGCUGUUAAAUCUAAAGAUUAAAAAUCACAAGGUCUUUAGUUUCCAGUUCUGAUGGUCAGUGUGUGUGUUUGUUUAAUUUGAGAUAGUCUAUGUCUGAACUAUGCAGGCUAUUCUGGACUCAAAACUCAUGGAGAUCCAUCUGCUUCCAAAGUGCUGGAAUUAAUGGUGGGUGCCACCAUGCUUGGCUAAUAUAUAUAUUUUAAGGCAAGUGUAAUACUGGUCAGCUGUGGUGACAACAAACAUGUCAUCCUAGGACUUGGAAGAUGGAGGUGGGAGAAUCAAGAGUUAAAGGCCAGUCUCAGCUCCAUAUAAGUUUGAGGCCAGGCUAGACCUGUAUGUGUGGUUUUAGGGGAUGAGAAUCAAUGAAAUUUUGCUUUUCUGGUUUCAAGGACAAAUCAGAAAUGGCUGCUAGCCAGGGUAUUUAAUUUGGUAUUUACUAGCAAUGUAAAUUAUUUGUAUAGUUUAGAACAAGUGGAGCCUCCUGGUAUAGGUUUGCUGUUUAAACUAGUUGUUUUCAGAUUGCAGACUCUUUUUUGUGGGGAUUGAACCAGAACUUCAAAUUCACUAGGUGAGCAUUGUACUGAGCCACACACUUAGCUCUGUAUUUUUUUUUUAAAUGUAAAUAUACUAGUUGUAAGUUGUUUUGUUUAUUUCAACUUCUUGAUGGCUAAUUCUGUGUUAAGAUGACUUUGUAUUUGCUGACUACAAUCACAUCACAUUAUAUUUUCAAUUAAAAGUAGGACUUUUGAAAUUUAACCAGUAAGAUUAUACUAUGUAAAUUAAGCCUGACUAGGAAAGUUGAUUGAUUUUUCUGCUGUGUCACAGUACCAUUACCCCACAGUUUAUCUGUUGGAGCAGUCAGAAGAAGGCAGAGUAGCUCAGUCACUACUUCAUUUAGAGAAAGUAGCUACCCUAUGACCUAAUGAACUCGUCGUCUCAUUUGGUCUGUUGGUUUUUGUAAAUUUUGUUUUUAAGAUGGGGUGUCACAGACAGGCGGUGGUGGUGCCCUCCUUUAAUCCCAAGAGAGGAUUCUGGGAUCCUCUGAUCCACCUGACACUUUAUUUUGUUCUAUUUAUUUUUAUGGUAUUUAUUUACUUAUUUUUGUGGUACUGGAGACGGAGCCUUGGGCUUUGAGCCUGCUGGGCCAAGUGUUCUACCACUAUCCCCUCAGCCCUUCAUACUUUUGUAGUCUCACUAAGUUUGUAUCUUUGACAGUUACAGGUAUUAACUAAAAAGGACAAGUACAUAGUUUUUCCAUCUUUAAUUUCCAAGGUCCUAAAGGAAGGCUAAUGAAUUCAUAAAAUCAGAAUUAGUUGGCAAAACUCCCUGUGAUUUGACUGCUGUUUUUCAGAAUAGAAAGAUGACUUAACAAUGUUUUACUGAGCUCUAAGAUGUCAGGUAGAGAUGCUAGGAAUACAAAGUCUCUGACUUUAAGGAGCUUACAUUUUAACUUACAUUUAUUUAAAAAAAUACCUAAUAUAUUUGUUUAUUAUUGAGAUAGGCCCUCUGCAGUCCAUGCUGGGUUUGGAUUUAUGGUAAACUCCCUGCCUUAGCCUCUCAAGGGCUGGAAUUGUGCAGGUUUGUGCUACAACACUGGGCUUGUGUUUCUAUUUUUAAUUGCUAAAACAGAAUCCUGCUGUCAGAUCAUGAAAAGGAAAAUCCAACUUACAGAUUCUGAGACAUACUAAUUUAAAUAACAUUCUGCCACUGAUUUUACUGCCAUAUCAAAUAAUAUAGCCUAUAAUUAUAGUGAAAACAGAACGUAUUCUACUGCCAUUUCUUCAUAGCUUGGUUCUUUGCUAGAACCUGAUGUGUAUUUAGUAGUGAAAAUUAAAGUUAGUAGCUCAAUAUUAGUUACCAAGCAUAACCUAAAAUUAAAAUGAUCUAAAGCAGGUACAUGGAUUAUAGUAGACAUAAAACACAAGAUUCUCUAAAAAUGUCCGAAUUUUUACUGUGUGCCUUAACCCGUCCGUCAGGUGCAUGCAAACCUCAUGUGCUUACUGGAUUUAAGCUAAGGAUCAUACUGUUCUGCUUUUAGUAUGGCCCAAAGACAUAUUUACUAGAUAAUCACACCUUUGGGAACACACAGUGGUUCUUCCAGUUUGUUAUGUCACCUACCCUAACAGUGACCACAUAAUGUCACAAGUCAACAUGGCUAAGGAUGGAGUUUUUUGUGUUGUUGUUGUUGUUGACUUUCAAAGCCUUCAUGUGAUGAUCAAAAUACUUUCUAAAGGCCAGUAACAACAGCUUUAGCCUAUUUUACCACGAAAUAUUUGAUUUAUCCUUAAGAUCAGGCAGUUGUACCAGCAGCGAAUGGAUUUAUCGUUACAACAGCCAAGAGGAAACCAUUCCCAUCCUUCGGGCUUCACAACGGACCUCCUCAAGAGUAGGACCCGAGAACGUGGCAGCGGGCAGAGUGCAGAGGAAUUGUCUUUACAGCAGCUUUGGUUCUCGGAAGAUGGUCAGACGCAAGGGCCUUUGGCCACUACCAGUACUUUGCCCAAGGGAGUCCCUAAGUUAAUAUUAACUCAAGAAGUUCCUCUGGUCGGAACGUACACAGACUACUGUUCAGUUUUGUCUCUAAUAAAAUUCUGCACGUA